GCCCGACAGGCACUGCGGUAGGCGCCCUGGGGGCUGGCAGGUCCCUGGCCCCAAGAUGGCGGCGCCCAGCGCAGUGGCUGCUGCUGCCUCCAGCGAGAGAGAUGGAGGGGGCAGCGGCUUUGAAUCGUGGCUAGAUGGACGGUUGGAGGCGCUGGGAGUGGACCGAGCCGUUUAUGGCGCCUACAUCUUGGGUGUCCUGCAGGAGGAGGAGGAAGAAGAGAAGCUGGAUGCUCUGCAGGGUAUUCUCUCUGCUUUCCUGGAAGAAGAUUCCCUCCUUAAUAUCUGCAAGGAGAUUGUGGAACGAUGGUCAGAAACUCAGAAUGUUGUCACCAAAGUGAAAAAAGAAGAUGAGGUCCAGGCCAUUGCCACCCUCAUUGAGAAGCAGGCACAAAUCGUGGUGAAGCCCAGAAUGGUGUCAGAAGAGGAGAAGCAGAGGAAAGCUGCCCUUCUGGCCCAGUAUGCUGAUGUGACAGAUGAAGAGGACGAAGCGGAUGAGAAGGAUGACUCGGGCGCCACCACGAUGAGCAUUGGUUCUGACAAAUCUCUGUUCCGAAACACCAAUGUGGAAGAUGUCCUCAAUGCCCGAAAACUGGAGCGAGACACGCUUCGGGAUGAGUCCCAGAGGAAGAAGGAACAGGACAAGCUGCAGAGGGAGAGAGACAAACUAGCCAAGCAGGAACGCAAGGAAAAGGAAAAGAAAAGGACACAAAGAGGGGAGCGAAAGCGAUAACCUUGGUCCACUCUAUUUCUCCUAAUGAACUUGGUCAAAGGGAGACCUGGUUGUGCAUUUGUGUAUUUAAGAGAAAUGAGAGAACAUUGCCAGGUAGUUUCCCAAGGCAUUUCCCCUUUUGUUUACAUGGUCACAAGGAAAAUCACAAUUCUAGCUAAUUACGAAAUGUGCCAUGUCUCUGUGUGGUGUGGGUAAUCAUGUUAUUGUAGCUGAUGUCUGAACCAAAGAUCUGGGAUGGGGACAGCCUCUGUAUUUUAAUACUGAAGUCCUGUACUCCUUUUGACCACUUUAAAAA